AUGGCAGAUGCUUUCUUUACCUGUCGAAAGAAUGUGCUUCUGGCGAAGAGCACGUCCACCCAGAUAGAAGGCGUCUUUGCUGCGACCAGAGGAAGGUCGGCCCCAGAAGAGCAAGAAGCCCUUCUCCAGCAGUGGCUGGAGGACGGAGCAGGGAAUUUGCCAGCCAGUGAGAGUGUCCCAGCAGUGGGGAAAGUAUCAGUUACGCUCACUAGUGACUGGUUAGAAGGUUCAGAGCUAUUGAUGACUAGCCUCAGUGACCUGAAUUCGGCUCCAGGAGUCACCCGGUGUGCUGGUCAGCAGCUCACAGAGCUACAUGCCUUGGCUUCUUCAGAACUGCAAGAUCAUGCAGUGACUGAACAGGCAAAAUUACCAGCAGAGGAGACAGUGGCUGCAGCAGGCAGUGCCCCCUGGGCAGCUGUGGUGCCACAGACGGAUCACCAGACAGCUGGCUGUGCCACUAUUGAUGUAGAAGUGCAGAAUGAAGACCCAGCUGUGCUGGCCUGGAGUUUAGCUCGUGAUGCAGAGACAGUGCCAACAGAGCCCCCAGCCUGGCCCAUUCAGGAUACAGUACAAUUUUGUCCUUUCCCGGCAGAGGUACCCUACCAUGAGAUUUUAUGGAGAGACUGGGAGGAUCUUUCUGUCCAGCCCUGUGUGCUAGAGCAGGUCUCAAAAAACACUCCUCUCUUUGAAUUUCGAGUCAUGUCUUACAACAUCCUUGCCCAGGACCUGGUGGAGCAGGGCCUUGAUCUCUAUCUACACUGUCAUCCAGACAUCCUGAACUGGAACUACCGCCUUCCAAACCUUUUGCAGGAGAUCCAGCACUGGGAUCCUGAUGUUCUGUGUCUCCAGGAGGUGCAAGAGAACCAUUACUGGGAGCAGCUGGAACCAACAUUCAAGGAGAUGGGCUUUGCAUGCUUCUAUAAACGGAGAACUGGGACGAAGACAGAUGGCUGUGCAGUGUGCUAUAAGCACAGCAGGUUCCAGCUGAUCAGUCUCAGCCCCAUAGAAUACUUCCGGCCUGGCCUGGACGUUCUCAAUCGGGAUAACGUGGGCUUGGUGCUGCUGCUACAGCCUCUGCUCCCGGAGGGCCUAGAUCUGAAGGCAGUCAGUCCUUUGUGUGUGGCCAACACUCAUGUGUUGUUCAAUCCCCGGCGGGGAGAUAUCAAACUGGCCCAGAUGGCCUUGCUCCUAGCAGAGAUCGACAAGAUUGCAAAAACUGCUGAAGGCAGCUACUAUCCUGUCAUCUUGUGUGGAGACCUGAACUCUGUACCUGAUUCUCCACUCUACAAAUUCAUCCGGAAUGGUGAACUUUCCUACCAUGGGAUGCCAGCCUGGAAGGUGUCUGGUCAGGAAGACUUUUCCCAACAGUUGUAUUCACGGAAACUGCUGGCCCCACUGUGGCCGAGCUCACUGGGUAUAACGGACAACUGCCAAUAUGUUACCCUGUGCCAGCCAAAGAAACUAGGCAGACGUAAGUACAGCCGGGACUUCCUGCUCCAGUUUCAUUUUUGUGAUGUUGCCUGUGAACGACCACCGCAGCUGGUCUUCUUGGAAGGUGUGACAGAUGCUAAACCAGACCGCCCUGCACACUGGCCCAGGCCUGCUGCCAUGGUGAAACACCCUGAUCCCCAGCCAUUCAUCCCAAGGUCUUCAGGCGUUAUCCAGCACGGCCUCAACUUGACCUCUGUCUACAGCCACUUCCUGCCACAGAGGGGACGCCCGGAGGUCACAACGAUGCCCUUGGGGCUUGGAGCCACCGUUGAUUAUAUCUUCUACUCGGCAGAGCCUGUGGAGAAUGGGAACAGGGGGGGUCGCAGGCUGUACCAGGAUGGAGCCCUGAAGCUGCUUGGCCGCCUUUCCCUUCUCUCUGAAGAUGUCCUGUUGCUGGCAAAUGGCUUACCAAAUCCUUUUUGUUCAUCUGAUCAUCUCUGCCUGCUGGCUAGCUUUGGCUUGGAGAUCUCCAGCCUCAGAGAGCCCUGCCAGGGGUCAGAUAGCCAACCUGUAGCAUCCUCCUGCGCCAGACUGAAGUUCAUGCUACUGCCUUCUUCUGGAGCCAGCCGUGUUUAGGUAGGUAGAACCUGUAGGACUGACUCCUGUCUCUUGACAGGCGUUGGGAGGGAGGGGAAGGCUGUGUAACUUGGAGCCAGAUUGUCAAUCGGUUGGAUCCCAGUGUAGCUUUGGUGUCCUAUCAGUGUACUUCUGUCAGCAGUGGCUUGGCCAGUACAAAAACAAUAGAACUGUACUUGUUCCUAGGGCAGAUUCCCCAGUUCAGCCUGACAUUUGGUGCUCAGUUUUUCUGUGAGAGAUGAGAGCAAUAUUGGCAGAAACAUUAUCAAUCUUCUGUUCACAAAUGAGGCAGGGAAAUCUGGUCCCACCUCAGGUUUUUGUGGGAAGGUACGAGGAGACUUGAAAUACUGUUCUCUCUUCCUGGGUUAUAUUGGGGGAUUUUCAUAUUUUAAAUGUUACUUUCUUUAUUGAAAAAUAAAUUUUUUCUAAUCUAAGAAAAAAACCACAAAGUAACUGCAGCACCUUGUGCUCCUGGCAGCUGAACUCUCUGAGGACUUGCUCAACAAGGCUUUGCUGGCUGGGAUGUGAAAGAGGAGAGGACAAAUUAGCUACACAACAUAGUAGUAAGGAGGGUUGAAGAGACAGAAGUAGGCCUUGCUGUUGUCUCCCAGCACAUCCUCAAAUCCCAGAGGUGGUUUAUUUGGCAUCGGGCUUGUCUUGCAAAAUGGUUUGCAUUCAGGAACCCUUCCCUUCCUCCCAAAGAAAGCAAGUACUGCUGAUCUUCUACAGCUCACUUCUGUAAACUGUACAGAAACAAGGGGUGUGUGUGGGGAUUGUGUUCUGUGCCCAUAUGAUUGUGUAAGGACUGCAUAUUCCCUUCUUGCCCCUGCCAGAUGGUGUGGUAUUUGCCUGGUGAUGUGUGGAUGGCUUUUGCUACCCCAGUUGGGAUAACACGUAGGAGUCUGUAUAAGUGAAUGGCAAUCUGGGGGUGAAUAAGUUUGCAGCUUUGUUUGCCCUUAGUUUCACAGGUAAUGGUUCUGGUGUGGCACUGGUGUUUGUACGUGGGGAGGGAUGCAGAGCUGUGUAUUUCUAUGGCUCUGUUUAUCUGACAGUUGCACUAAUUUCUGUAAGUACUCUUAUUCUGAUUUUGUAAUUGAUUGUAUGUGUAAAGGGAGGGGAGGAAAGGAAAAUCGGUGAACUGAGAGCUUUAUUUUCUGCCAGGCUUGAGAAGAGGUUGCCAGAAAGCAGCCUUGUUGCAGAUAACUCCCACCAGCUGGUAACAUUGUAAUAGGAAACUUGGAAGACACUAAAGGUUUAAAAACAACCAACCAAAAGCAAAACAAAAAACAUUGUGACACAUAGUGUUGGCACUUACAACUUUGGCUGUCUGCUUUCAGUUAUAAUUGCUGCCUAGGUCUGGUGGUCAAUUGAUGAGGGGGGGUGUGUUUGUGUGAAACCAGCCCUCCUGCCCCACCUAUUGAGACCCAGAAGGUGGGCACAGUAUGCCAUCAGAUGAACUGAUUGCCCCUGCGCUGGCUGAAGCACCCUGCCAAUCCUGUGAUGUAACUGAGGCGUAGGAGCUGUGCUUCAAAAUCACAAGUGCUUCUUCCAUUUUACUUAAAGACACUGCUGUUCUUUUGGGUAACUUGCAUGAAGGCAUCUCUCAGGGAGGUUUUAAGGUUCCAGCUGUAUUUUGUUGGAAAACCUAAUGUUCCACAGGUCAAGCUAAUGCUUUCUCUUUUGAUACAUGAAAUAGUAUGGUGUGAACUUGGAAUGGUUAAGUUGUUGAACACUGGAUAUGGAGUCACAUGCUGAGAAACCCCAGAACAAUGCCUGCAAGUCCUCUGAUUCUGAAGGUUAGAAAGCUCCCAGAGGGACCUGCAGCUCCCAAAGCCCUGGCUUACACGUGCUUCCUUGGGCAUUCAUAGGUGAAACUAUUGCAGAAAUGCAGGACCAUUGCUAAUGACUGCAUACAGACAAACAAAGGCAGAGUUGAAGAGUUGAUCGCUGUGGUUGUUUUGGCCACUGUCCCUGAAGCUCUGGUAUAGACCCCUACAGAGUUGGCCUGUUUCAGGAAAGAAAAAAACUGUGUUCCAGAGCAAUUUGAAGUUAACAUCAAACGGAUCUGGAGACCUGUGGAUGCUUCCAGCUGUGGGAGACUAUAGGAGAAGUUUGGAGGUGGGGUGGAUGGAAAGAGUCCCUACCUCUAAAAUAGCAACUAGUAUAUACUUAUAGGGAGAAAAUAAUGUGUUCUGUGCUGCUUUAAGAAUAGCACACAGUGAUAUAAUAAGAGGCUGUGGUAAUGAGCAACUCAUGGUGGGAUGCAGAACUAAGGUUCUGGAUGUAGCUCUUAACACUGUUUCCUGACCUAAAGGCAUGACUAGUUGUCAUUAGCACAGCUUUCUGAUGAAUUACAGAGGGGUCUGUAAAUGGUUAUGAAAGUGGAACAGCAGGAAUAUCUGCUAUACGCAGAAAGGGAAGGUAUCAUAGAGGUAGGAUCAUCUACAUCAUCUUAGUAGUGAUGUAGAGCUCGGGGAGACUGGUACUUAGGGGAAGGAUGCCAGAGACCACUGGCAGUGUGUAUACAUACCCUGUUAUCAGUCUCCUAAGCUGCAGGAGCAUGCAGCUGUAGAGGCAAACACAGAUUUGACAAAGUAUCUUUGCUAGACAACAGCUGCUAGGCUGUAUUUAGUUAUGCUAUUUAGAUAGAAGUUGGACUUCCUUCACUUUCUCAGAGUUUUAAGUUCAUCACUUCAGGAGGAUGCCCUUUAUAAUCAGUUUUCCCAAUUACAUGGGAUGGGAGGAGUGCUAAACAAUAUAACUACUCUAGUUUCUUUCCUUUUCUUAAUAAAUGAAACUUGGCUGCUGCUUGAGGUCGUCUUUCUCCAUGCCUCUUCCUUAUGAGGUGUCUCUCCAGCAGCUGUUUUCCCAUGACUGCCACAUCCAGUUAUCUUUCUGAGUUACUGAUGUUUAUUUUUUUCUGCAGCUGUAUUUCUUCAGUUAAAAGCUACGGGUGGAAUUCUUUAGGGCUAAGUCUUAUUAUAAACUCAACAUAUAAAUAGUGUCAAGCCGUAAGAUAGUGGGUUCCCUCACCUCUGAAGAGUUAAGUGGGAGGGGUGGAAGCUUUGAAACCAACACUUAGAUGGGAAUAUAAAACAAAAAAAAAGUUUAAGAUUUAUCAUUAGUGCCCUGUAUGCCACCUGCUUUGUGAAGCACAGAACUCUGAAAUAUACUUGACUUUAGUUCCUCUUCUCUGAGGAGUCUCUUAGAGGCUCUAAGAACAGUUCAGCACCUCAGAGAGAAUCUCUUUUUAAGAGCGGAUCAAGGUAUGUGUCCUGCUCCUAAUGAUAUUUGAGAGUGGUGUUGCCAGUCUGCAAAGCAGGGUGUUGCUACAGUGCAAUUUCUCCUCCCAUUGCCACCACCUCACUGAUGAAGGUUUAUUGGAUGUACUGUUAGGAAUUUGCAGACAUAUCCAUGAUUCAUCCAAAUACAUCUCAUGCAUGGUUCAUCCUCAUCUAAAGGAGCUGCAUAUAAGCCUUAGUGGGAUACCAUCUCCUUUCAGUAGACUUCCUGUUGUGCAAGUUAAUUGAAUUGCUGGCUAUGACCUGCUCCUUACCAGACUGUAGCUGCCUGGCCUGUAGUGCUUUCCAUAGCCCCGUCACGCUGAGAAGCACAAGCUGCAUGAUUGCUGCCAUUGAAUGUACUGCAUCGUGUUUCAAAGUAUGAUACUGAGUUUCUGUAGAGAACUCACCUGCUAUAAUGAUAACCAAGGUGACUGAUUUAACAGCUGGCAUGCCUCAAGCUCCUUCCUUUUGUCAGCUGUACAAGUUUGGCUUCUCUUGUCAAGGCAAGUUAUCCUCCAGCUUCCACUGAAAAUGUCAUUCUAGUCUUGAAGCUCUUUUCCCUUUUAUUUUUAAAUUUAUUUAUUUUAUUUGAGAUCUAGACUGCACAUUCUUGUGCUCUAAGGGAAUAGGAAUGCUGUAUAGUAGAGCUGAAAAUUUUUUCCUAACUUUGGUUAGACAGACACAGCAGCUUUCAAGGUGCUGAGGUGGCAAAUGGGAGAAGGACUAGACUAGACGCUGGCAUGUACUACAACAAAAGAUGCAUUUGUUCCAUCCAAUCUUUCCUUUUAUACACAAAAAAGACUUGACUUCAAGCCUUAGCAAUGUUACUUAGGUUUUUAGUCUUUCUGGAUGGAAAGCCUUCUACAUCAGUCUUAAGUUUAUUCAGUUAUUGGCCACUUUCAGGAGCUGCUCCUGAACCGGGGGUAGAUGAAUGCAGUAGUUAUUGUAAAGCUAUUCCUCUCCUCCCUUCCUCCCCCAGAGUAAGGUUGGAAAUAGGAUGGCAGUCACUCUUUGCCAAAAUAAAAAUAAAAUCCAGGAAAGCCAGCUCAGCUGAGUAACUUAAGUCUGUAAUGGUCUGCUAUCCACAGCAUGUCAUACGCUUCUGCCUUCCAUAAUCCUGCAGUCUCUGCAUGAAUGGUGCUUUUAAGUCUCACCCUCUCAUGAAUGGAUUUCUGUAUGCUUUUAGGCAUGUGAGAGCCUUAAGUUUUGCAGUCUUGGGCUUCUCAGCGUAGUAGCUGACUGGGUUUCUUUUUCUUAAUAUUUUUUUAAAUUACUGCUUUGCUGAGUUGUAUAUCCUUUCCCCAAUAAAGGUUUUUCACUAAGGUCCAAGUAGUGUAAUCUCUAACUGACUUAAAAACCUAGAACUGCAGGAACUAUCAGUAGCGGGGGGAAAGCCUAAUCUAAGAGGGAGCAGAAAGUCUUCAUUUAAUCUCAGCUGUAGCCAAGUCACUGUUCUGCCGUUCUCACUCCAUUGUCUAGCAAUCAUCCUGAACUGUACAUCUAUAGGGCGUUUAGGAGUUACCUGAUUUUUAGCAAAAUCUGUAAGAAAGACGUGGGGCAGAGGGUAUUUUCAAGCAAGCAUCUGAGGUAGAGGUUUAUAGAAGUCACAGCAUUUUAGUCUUUUUUUGUUAAUAUUAUUAAUCUUUAAGUAUUUAAUAGGGGAGCAAGAAGCCUUCAACUGCUGCUGAAGUCUGUUGUCAACUCCUGGGCUUGAGCACAGGCCAUGCAGGCUUAUGAAGUGGCUUUCUUAUUUUGUGUCUUCAUACCAUCUACUAGGUGCUAUGCAAUUACUUCCCCUCAGGGCAGAAGUUGUUCAUAUAAUUAACUUAGCUAAGAGCGACUAUUGCAUGUGUCAUUCCCUUUGGAGUAACAGGUUAGGGGAUGUUUAUUCCUUUCCUCUAUGCGCUGUAGUCUUGCCUACAUCCUGGCCCUGGUCCCAGCUACUCAUUUCCCUAGAGAGAAAGGGUAUGUUAUGCCUGAAAGAUGAUAGCCUCAAUAAAGUUGGAUCCCCCUUGCUGGGGAAAUGCACUGAA